AUGGAUAAGAAUACUGGAGAUUUUAUUUUAGUGAUGAGUUACAUGAAAUUUGGAUCAUUGCAUGAAAAUAUGAAAGGAAUAUUUAAGCUGAAGUGGAGUAAUAUUUUAUUAAAAGAACAAUAUAAAGCUUAUAUUACCGAUUUAGGUUUAUCAAUAACAUUUAAUGAAAAACAAGGUCAUAUUUAUAGAGUUUUACCAUAUUUAGCAUCUGAGGUCUUGAAAGGUGAACGAUUCACUCAAGCUGCUGAUAUUUACAGUUUUGGGAUUAUUAUGAUAGAAAUAUCAACUGGUCAAAGGCCUUUCGAUGGUUACAAUUUUGAUGCUGAAUUAGCAAUAAAGAUUUGUAAUAGUUUGUGA